AUGAAGUCAGACAUCUUUUCUUUUGCGGCAGCGGGACUUGUGUUCCUGAACACCGUUAUUGCAGCACCAGCCAACACAACAUUCAACUUGCGUCCGUUCAAGAUUAAUCUCGCAAAGGAUGUGCCGCGGAUGUUAAAUCUCGUAAGAGACAGUCGUCUCCCCGAGAAGCCUCAAUAUCACGGCGUAGGAUCUAAUUGGGGCAUUGACCUGGACGUGCUUAAAAGCCUUCGGAAGCAAUGGCUUGAGAAGUUUAACUGGAAAAAGGAAGAGGAGUCCAUGAACAGCUUCAAACACUUCAAGGCAGAUAUUGAAGGUUUAACUGUUCAUUUCAUCCACGAGAAGUCAAAAGAUCCAAACGCCAUUCCCCUUAUCCUGAACCAUGGGUGGCCUGGGUCGUUUCUUGAGUUCGCACCCAUCAUCAAGAAGCUCACCGAGAAGGCCGAAACCUCGACUGGCAAACCCGUAUCCUUCAACGUCGUUGUGCCGUCGCUGCCGGGCUUCGCAUUCUCAGCGUCGCCCCCAGGAAACUGGACCCUCGAUGAUACCGCUCGCGUUUACAACACGCUCAUGACCGAAGUGCUGGGCUACAAGACGUUUGCUGCGCAUGGAACGUCUCACGGAGCGCCCUUGACUUUCACGCUCUAUGAUGUCUUCAACACCACAACAAGAGCGGCUCAUUUUGUUUUCAUCCCAUUUCUCCCUACCCCUGCUGAGCAGAUUUCGGCCAUGAACAUAACUCUUUCGCCACUGGAGCAGUUUGAACUUGACAGGUCUACUUCUUGGGGCACGACUGGUAACGCCUACUUUCUUGAGCACACCACUAAGCCGAACACUAUUGGUCUAGCACUAUACGAUAACCCAAUGGGGCAGUUGGCAUGGAUCGGUGAGAAGUACAUCGAUUGGUCCGAUCCUAACGCCGGAAAAUUUCCCUCCGUUCUGGAUCAUAAUGAGAUCUUGCGCUGCAUAUCACUCUAUUACCUGACGCGAUCUUUCGUCUCGUCUGUGUACACAUAUGCGCAAGACCCUGGCGCUUUCGAGAGAGUCUACCGCAGAGCCAGCACGGAUGCUCCGAUGUUAGUGAGCUACUUUAAGUACAUGGUUGGAUUUUGGCCGAAGGAAAUCUUGCAUAUGCUCGGUAAUUUGACCAUGUACCGAAAUCAUGAAUUCGGAGGCAACUUCGCUGGCCUUGACAAUCCGGCUGCCCUCAUCGAGGAUUUAAGAGAGAUUGGAACACAUUGGUCCUGA